AUGACUUCCGCAAAUAUCCGCAUUCCCGACCUCUCCACCUCCUAUGCCAUCAUCGGGAGCAACUCAAGAGUUGAUAUAGGGAGAACAUUAUCCCAAUCCCUCUACCGAUUCACCCAUUUAAACGUGAGAAAGCAUGUCGGACAGACAAUACAACCUCCUGGUUAUCUCGAGGAGCUCGAUUCGGAUGAAAGGAAUGUGACGUUUGCAUUGAACAACGGCACCGUGGCUAUGAAGUUGGCCAAGGAUUUCUUCUCCCUCGAACUCUGGUAUGACUAUUCUAUGUCGAAGCACAUAUGUGACGCAUUCACCCUAUUCAAUAUCACUGGAGUCAACUUCCCAAGUUUCAACAUUUACAUACCAAGGGAUGACAGCAAGAUUUGGGCCGAUAUAUCCCACGAUUAUUGGUUCUCUACCAAUGCCUUCUUGACCGAAAGAAUACCACCAAUCCCAGCCAGUCUUCAAAUUUCCUUAAGGAUGGCCUUCUUCAAGAGACUCAAUGAGGUGCCAGUAACAGAUGAACUGGUAACCCACGAUUGUCUGGUACAUCUAUACUUCGGCUCUCUUGAGGGUAAGACUCAACACUUGGAAAAUGGACCACCACAAAACUUCGAACUCCAUCUCAACCACAUGAUUGAGUUAAAGCUGGACAGCCCUUUCUAUUUCGCCGUAGUUAGAGACAUGGCAACUACUCUGGCGGCUCUACACUGGGUCGCAGGUACAGCCGCAAAUGGUGUCAAGUUUGUUUUGGGUGGUCCUCGAGAAAGCCAGAAGCGUGAUGCCACCACUGUGGGAUACGAUCAAGUCUUUGUAUGGGCAUAUAAUUUUGACGAGGCGGGAUGCAUACCGUUACACGAAACUGGUGUGGCCAUGGCAGUUGACGCAUAUAUGAACAACGAACCGUACUACCCAAGGCCUUUUCAAGACGAUCCUACGGCAAAAUACGUGUGGCUUGUUUUCAAGGAAGCCUACCUGAGCGUUUCCAGGACUAUUUUCGCUUCUUGUGAUUCCUAUUGGCGCCAAUUUCCUCCUCUCUUUAUAAGAGGGAUCGAAGAUAAGCUGAUGGACAGGGGGUCGGCUGCUUAG